AGCCCAACUCCGGUUCUCCUGGACUCUAGCGUCACGGCAACUUUUAAUCCUUCUCUUUCCCGGCCCGCGGGUUUGGCUCAAAAAGACAGAGGGAGCGAAAGAGAGCGAGCUCCUUCUCCUCCUUCCUCUACCACUUUCUUUCUUUCCAAGCUCGCACUCUCUCCUUCCCUCCCGCGGUGGGUCGGAGAAGUGUGUGCGGGGGGCGCGCGCUCUCUUGCCCCAGACUCGUCACCUGCAUCCGUGCGCUCGUCGCCUGGGUGCCUGGAAGCUGCCCCUUCCCCGCCAGACCCCUCCUCCUCCCCCCGCCCCGUCUUGCUGCUGCUGCUGCACCUCCCCUUCCCUCCCCUCCCUCCGCUGCUAGCCAGCGAGCCGGGUGGUGGGCCGAGGAGCUGGAAUCGUAGCACCUCAUUGCACAACCCGGCUUCCCAACUGUUUACAUAUAAUCGGACUGUGUGUAUACAGCGUGAGUCACCCGCUGGAGGAGGAGGAGGUGGAGGAAGAGAAGAAGGAGGGCACAGUCUGGGAUCGGCGCACCGCACACUCACUCGCUCACACUCAGCCACUCUUCCUCACCCUGCACGGAGGCUGAAGAGCGCGUAGGGGGAGAAGCGCCGCCAAAAGUUGCCAAGGUGCCUUUGCCGGGAGACUUGGGCUUCGCGAUUCUGGGUUACUCGACUGGCAUUCAUUGCCGUUUCGGAAGCUUAGCUCCGAGUCACAGGCCGGUGGCUCCCCGGACCCGGAGCGCGCUCUGUGCAGACCUUUCUCCGCCUGGAUUGUCUCUACUUAGGCAGCGGCAAGAAGCCAUCCGAGCCAGCUAGCAGCGGUCACCGCGAGCCGGGACUCUCGGGGAUCCCAGUACUGAGCCGCCCCCUCGGGGAGGGGGGAGAAGGUGGAGCUGGCCCCCGGACCGCCCGGUGGCUCCCCAGUCAGCCCCGGCCCCGGCUGCAACGUGGGCGCCCUAGAGCGGCUCUGGCUAGUUUUGCCCCCCGUGGGGGGUGAAAGCCAGAAGACUUCAAGAGACGCCUCAGGUUUGGUAGUUGCCGUCCGAUCUCUGGACCUUGGGGCCCCGCUCCCAAUUACUUUUCGGAUUCGGGGAUUUAAUAGCCCUGCUUUAGGGGCUCAAGAACUUGGAUGUGUUCCCUGCGCCCUGCCAUGAGCCGCAACGUCCAGCCCCGCAGCCCGGGCCUGCUGCUCCCUGCAGCCCGAGGCUCCCCUUCCAAACGUCUCCUGGACGGCGAUGAGACGGCCGCGGUGGCAGCCAAGUGCUUGCGACUUUCCGAGUGCCCGAACCCUCCGGACUACCUCAGCCCCCCCAGUUCACCUUGUACCCCCCCGCCCGCGCCCUCCCCUUCGGCGCCCGGCGGCAGCGCCCCGGGGCCCAGCCGGAUCGCUGGCUACCUUCUGCUGCCCCUAGCCGAGCGGGAGCAUGUGUCCCGGGCGCUGAGCAUCCACACCGGUCAGGAGUUACGCUGCAAGGUGUUCCCUAUUAAACACUACCAAGAUAAAAUCCGGCCUUAUAUCCAGCUGCCAUCUCACAGAAAUAUCACAGGGAUUGUUGAAGUGAUUCUUGGGGAUACCAAGGCAUAUGUCUUUUUUGAAAAAGACUUUGGGGACAUGCACUCCUAUGUGAGAAAUCGAAAAAGGCUUCGGGAAGAGGAGGCUGCCCGGCUCUUCAAGCAGAUCGUCUCUGCAGUUGCCCACUGCCACCAGUCUGCCAUUGUGUUGGGCGACUUGAAGCUCAGGAAAUUUGUUUUCUCCACAGAGGAGAGGACACAGCUCAGACUAGAAAGCCUCGAAGACACUCACAUCAUCAAGGGGGAAGACGAUGCUCUCUCGGACAAACACGGCUGUCCCGCCUAUGUGAGCCCUGAGAUUUUAAAUACAACGGGGACCUAUUCCGGCAAGUCGGCGGACGUUUGGAGUUUAGGGGUGAUGCUAUACACGCUUUUAGUUGGGCGAUACCCCUUCCAUGACUCAGACCCCAGUGCUCUUUUCUCCAAAAUCCGCCGUGGACAAUUCUGCAUCCCUGACCACAUAUCCCCCAAAGCCAGAUGCCUCAUUCGUAGUCUUCUGAGACGGGAGCCCUCCGAGAGACUCACAGCUCCAGAGGUCUUACUUCAUCCCUGGUUUGAAUCAGUCUUGGAACCUGGAUACGUAGACCACGAAACAGGAACGUCAGACCAGAUUGUUCCAGAAUACCAGGAAGACAGUGACAUUAGUUCCUUCUUCUGCUAAUCCUGAAACCUCAAAAACCUCAUAAUUCUCACACAUGGCAUUUUUUUUUCUUUCAAGGGUUUCGUCUUUCCAUUUUUAUAGAUGGGUAGAGCUUUAAGUAUGGUGAUGACCAGAUAAGUGACAAUGUAAAUAAGCAUAGCCGUUUUACUCAGAAUUCCUGUUCCUGAUGUUUUUGUGCUAGGCAAUGUUGCUGAUAGAAGCACUCUGGCUGCCCAGCAGAGCCUUUAUGGUUCUCAGGGAGUCCUCACAUCUGAUUGGUUAGGUGCUGAGACCUGCAUCUUUUACCACUGACAAAGGUUAUGGCACUGGGACAGAAUCACACUUUUACCAUGAAGCAAACUUGAAAAAUUUAGAGGGAGACUGAGUGAAUCUUGCAGUGAUUUUUGAUGUAUGUGUAGUCACUUAUCUGGCAGUAGCCAUAUUUUACCAAUGAGAUAAACUGUUGGUCCAAUGAACCCGCCAUCUUGCUGCUCUUUGGAUAGGUACCUUUUUGCAUUUGCAAAUGGCUGUGCCAUCCACUUGGAAGUUUGCUAAACCUGCAUCUUCUUAGACUCAUGUACCAACUGCUUUGCCCCAUUCCUUGAUCAGACUGUUUCAGGAAUACAAGAGCCUGCCCUGCUGCAUAAAUCCAGACUUCUUCAAUUUCCUGUUAAGACCUCAUAUACACUAAUGCCUUCUCCCUGAACUUGAAACUUUUCCCCCUUUCCUUCCUGACUCCCCCAUCUCUCCCCAUCCCUAGCCCCAGCUAUAAAAGUACUUACCAGUUUAACCAUGGAAAAAAAUCAUAAAAAGCUUCUAAACUCCUGGCUAUUUCAGAACUCUGAUCUCAGGCAGAGAGACUGCAGUUUUGUGAAUAAUUUGCGUAUUUGGAAGCAGUUAGCUCUUUUGGUUCCUCCCAAGUGUGUUAGCACUUGUGUCUUUCUGAAGGCAUUUCAGGGUUGACCCUCUUGUCUUGGAGGAGAAAGCUCAGGAGUACCCUGUCCAGCAAAUGUCAAAAAUGUCUCUUUUCUUCAGCAGGAAACAUGGAAAUGUUUAGAAGGCAAGCUUUGGGUAGCCUUAGGAGAGUUUUAGACUGGUUUCUAGGAAUGCUCUUCUCUAUUUAAGUAUAUCUGCCUCUAGCAGUGUGUAGGGGUGUGUGUGUGUGUGUGUGUGUG